CAAAUUAUCGUACCAUUAUGUCAGUGAUAAAUUGUUUGGUAAACAGUCAGCUAUGUAGCAUGAAUAAACUCGAUACGUAGCGCAUUGGCUGUGCAGCGAUUUUUUUAAUAAUGAUCAGUUCUCAGGAAGUGCGACGACAACAACGGCCCGUCGCAGCAAUACUUUUAUUCGAUAUUGUAACCUGAUAUGUGCGUGAUUGUUUAUAAUUGAAAAAUUUUCAAGUAUGCCAAUAUUUGACUUUUUCCACUAUCGAUAAAACGCGACGUCGCGACGCAUUUUCUGUCCGUCGACAUUCGUUUUACGACGUUACUAUGCGUGUUGUUGUUGCAGGUAUUUUUAACGUUAGACGAUGAAUUUGGUAGAGCUAGUCACUAAUGUAUUUGGAUCGCCGAUUAACGAAAAAGUUGACAGCUUCAUCCACGACACGAUUAACAAUCAAAAUGUAGAAAUACAACAGAUAAUUCAACUGAUCGAAAAUCAUAUAAGUGGCACAUUAAAGACCGAUGGAAAUGUGAAAAUUUCCGAGCAAGAUGAUAGACUCGGUAGACUUGGGCCAAAACUUGUCAGGCUGGACACGACGAAUCAUUAUGGUUUGUUUAUCGUGUCUCCUGACAGGCUGAGUGUCAACUCUCAGAGUAAUUUUAGUACAGUGAGAGCCAACACUGGAGUUUUCAAGGGUAAAUGGCAGUAUGAGGUGCAAUUAGGUUCCAAUGGGGUUAUGCAAAUAGGUUGGGGUACAGCAGAUUGUAAAUUUAGUCAAGAAUCUGGUGUGGGUGAUAUGGUGAAUUCGUAUGCUUAUGAUGGUAAUCGAAUAAGAAAGUGGAAUGUUUCAACCCAUAAGUAUGGAGAAGCUUGGCUUUCAGGAGAUAUUAUUGGCUGUGCAAUAGAUUUUGACAAUGAAAAUAUAACAUUUUUUAGAAAUGGCAAGAAUUUAGGAAUAGCAUUUGAAAAAAUAUCAAUGGGGCCAGGUAUAGUUUAUUUUCCAACUGUUAGUUUAACGUUUACUGAAAAUUUAACAGCUAAUUUUGGGACAACACCUCUGAGAUAUCCAGUCGCAGGUUACCAAUCUUUACAACUUGCUCCGACUGAACAGUUGCAAAAGUCCAAAAUUUUAUUUCAGUGGUUAGAAAAACUCCUCCAUCAGUACAAAAAUGUAGACAGUGAUAAUGAAUCAAACAAAGAAGAGAGAAUGAUGAGUAAUCGUGCUCUUUUGGCAUGCUUAGCAAGAUGCAUUUUAAAAGAACUGGGACCUCUUGUUGAAAUACCUUAUGUUGCCCAAGAAAUUUUUGUUCCCUUUUUUAAAAAAUUAUCAAACAGUGAUCCUAAUACUACUCAAAUGCAUACUUGCUUAGAUUUAAUGUGGACAUUUUUUGAAAUUCACGAAAUGAAAGCUUGUUUAGAGUCUAGCGUCGUCUAUCUCUCAUCAGUAUUUCGACAAGUUUCUGUUAACAUUGAGUAUCCAGAGCAACGCACAGCAUUGGCUGCACUUAACAGCUUAUGUCAACAUGAAAAAACGAGACAAUUUCUGCUACAAUUCGUUUUAUUCGAUAAAGUGAAGUUCGCUAGCUUCCUACACGUCAAGCCGCUGGAGGAAAGUUGCUUGAUGAACGUUGUAAAUAAAGUUUGGUGGGAAACGAAUCCAACCGAUUCGAUUGUCGAAAGUGCAAAAAUACCGUAUUUUAAGGCUUGCGAAAAAAUUAAGGAUUGGGUAACUGAGGUUGAAGUUCUGCAAGUUAAACUUCUAACGUUACUUUUAAACAACAAAGAUGGCUGCGCCACUACGCCAACAUCACGGACAAUAUUUUUAAGAAAGUUUCGUCGUUUUGUUCAAGUGAACAUACUGAGCGGUCGCAUUCCUCUCCCGAUCGCCCUUUGCUGCUUUCAACGACUGCUGGUAACGUUCAAAUUGCUGUGGGAUGCGGAAGUAGGAACCAGUCCGGUAUUCGUUCCAGUUAAGACGUUCUGCGAUGGAUCCAUAAAUUAUGCAGGAAUCGAUCGACUUGGCGGGGUCUUAUCGCAUCUGACCAAAACAUUUAGAAAUGAUUUACAGCAACUUUUAGGAGCGGAAAAUGAGAACGCCACCGAGACUGAUAAUUCUCACUUGACUACCAAUUUAUUCCGCGGAGGCACCAGAGUUGAGGAUUCACCGGUCAUCUCAGUUUUCGCGCGAAUGAUAAAUAUAAAUUCCUUGAACAGCGGUGGAUCCACGAUUUUAGAGAGAAUCGGUUACUUUCCUUACAAUAGAGAGGACAGAACACCGUUACAACUCGGCCCCAUCGAUUCGGCGGUAUCUCUUUACGAAUUGCUCGAUGGUCUGAUAAUGUUUUAUCAUGUAUCGGCUAAAAAACAAAUCGCCCAAGUUUCUACGUUACGCGAAGCCAUGGGGGAUUUCAUUGUAGCCAUGUGCGCUACAAAAAGUCGGUUAGAGAUCAUUCAAAAAACGAAAGACGAAGAGUCUCAACAAAUCGAAUCUCAGCUCAUGAAAACCAUCGAGAUAUUCGACGAGAAGCUGAGCGAGCUGUCCCGACACAUGGCAUGGGUUCGCGCUGCCAUUUAUUCUGACGAGAAUCAGGAGAGACUGGCUUGGCUCUUAAAAAUCGUCAUAUCAACGCUGCAAAGUGCUAGUCAAAGUGGCAAUUUGUUCAGUUUUGUUCCUGAAUUUUAUCUAGAGGCUUUGGGCGACAUUGUUACCGGUUUGAAAAACCAUAUCCACCCGACAGCACCCUUGGAAAAUAUUCCUCAUUUCAAAUUACUUUUGCAAGAUGUGGCGCAAUUUUUAUGUGAUCAUUUCCUAGACAGCAGAAUAGUCAAUGCCAAUUCCAAGGAUACGAUGAUUUUGGCACUGGCUGGGUUCGCUUCGAAUCCGUUGACACUAGAAGCCUUAGAAAACGUACCGUUCGAAUCACGAUCGCGCAUGGUUGCUAAUCUCCUUCGUUCUUAUGAAAACAGAGCUUGGGCUCAGUCAAAUUGGAUUUUGGUCCGAUUUUGGCAAGGUCAUGGUUUCGCGUUCCGUUAUGACAAGAGUCCUCAUAUGGCUAACAAGAUCGGUCCAAAAAUACUGACUCAAGAAACGACUUCGCAAACUAUGAAGCCAUGCCCAUCAGUAGUGUUUCAAGAACACGUGAGACACGUUCUAUUAUCAAACAAUCAAUCGGCUACUUUAUUUUUGAACUCUCUUUUGAACCAGUUGAACUGGGCCUUUUCCGAGUUCAUUGGAAUGCUGCAAGAAAUUCACAAUGUUUCUUCGAGACCUCAAAGAGUCUUGAUUGAAUCGAGACAAUUGAAAGUGUGUGCAACUUGCUUCGAUCUAGCUGUAUCGUUAAUCAGAGUCUUGGAAAUGAUCGCUUCCAAAGCCGUUGAAAUAUUCGCCGAUCCAUCUCUUCCUACGAGUGAUAAUCUUUUGGCCCGGUUAUGCCAGCUAAUUUGUCAAAUAUUGAACCGAACCAGUACUCAGACUAGUUCCUUCCAGCAUGUCGUCCUUUUGGAAAUACCAGAUCUUCAAUCAGUGGAUCAUUUUCCUAUCGUUACAUCUGUUAUAGGAAUCGUCGUAGCUUUAUUGAAAGAUGAUAUAGCGCUGCCCCUUUCGGAUAACGUUCCGAGAGUCACGAGAGCUCUGAUCAGCGAACCCAGCUUCCAAAUCGCUUCUUUACAUUUUGCUUUAGGAGAUUCCACCAAUGGAAAAAUUCAAAAUAUGAAGAAAUUUUCUUUAUUAAACUAUGAAAGUUACGUUUCCAAGGAAGAAAUUGCUAGUGUCCAAAGAGUCAUUCAGCACUUGGAUCAUUAUCGCACAAAAUUACCAUUAGCUGAGACGCCGUGCAGUGAUGACGAUCUGUGCACGAUUUGCUACGCCUAUCCAGUGUCUGCCAUGUUCAAGCCGUGUAAUCACACAUCUUGUCAGUCUUGCAUAGAUAGGCAUCUUCUCAAUAGUCGUGACUGUUUUUUCUGCAAAGCAACGAUCAAACAGGUUGUAUCUAUUGACGAUAAUCGAGUGUUGCACGAGUUUUCAAGUGGAUCGUCGAUAGAGUCAAUGGAUUCGGAGAGUUAAAUUAUUCAAAGUAAAUUUAUGCUGAAAAAAGAAACUUUAUUCGCGUCAGAUUUCGUUAUAUAUUAU